AUGCAGAUAUGGAUAGACUCUAUGAUGGCAGUGGGCCAUAGUAAUAAGAAACAAGGUGCCUGGGGGAGUCCGGGCCACCACGCAUACCGUGUGUCCCAGUCCCACCGCAUCAAGCACCAUGGUGUCUCUUCUAGCAGGCACGAUGUAGCUAGCUUUCAGAAAGAAACACAUGUUCACCAUCCCUAUGGCCCUCCAUACGGAAGGAGGUUUGAUGCAGAGAUGGGGAGCCACAGUGCUGUCCUGAAAAUGUUGGUAUUGUGGCAGGAAUAUAAUGUGAUCCUGGAAGCAAAUCUGAGUGCGUUUGGUGGAGGGGAAAAAGCAAAGGACAGCGACAGUGAGGAACCGAGUGCCCUGGAGGCAGGGGAAGACCCUGAAACAAGAAGAAUGAGAACUGUAAAGAACAUAGCAGACCUGAGACAGAAUUUGGAGGAAACUAUGUCCAGCCUUAGAGGGACCCAGAUAAGCCACAGCACAUUGGAGACAACUUUUGACAGCACUGUGACAACUGAGGUGAAUGGGAGAAGCAUACCAAGCUUGACAAGCCGGUCCACCCCGGUGACUUGGAGGCUAGGGCAGGCCAGCCCUCGGCUGCAGGCAGGAGAUGCCCCGUCCUUGGGUGCUGGUUAUCCUCGCAGCAGCGCGAGUCGCUUCAUACACACAGACCCUUCUCGAUUCAUGUACACCACGCCGCUUCGCCGAGCAGCUGUUUCUCGCCUUGGAAAUAUCUCACAGAUCGACAUGAGUGAGAAGGGAAGUGGCGAUUUGGACAUGUCCUCUGAAGUUGACGUUGGUGGUUACAUGAGCGAUGGGGACAUUCUUGGGAAAAGCCUCAGAACUGAUGACAUCAAUAGUGGGUACAUGACAGAUGGAGGACUCAACCUAUAUACGAGAAGUCUGAACCGAAUACCAGACCUAGCUGCCUCUCGAGACGUCAUUCAGAGAGGGGUUCAUGAUGUGACUGUGGAUGCAGACAGCUGGGAUGACAGCAGCUCAGUUAGUAGUGGCCUCAGUGACACUCUUGACAACCUCAGCACGGAUGAUUUGAAUACCACCUCAUCUGUCAGCUCUUAUUCCAAUAUAACUGCCUCUUCAAGGAAGAACACUCAUCUGAAGACGGACUCGGAGAAGCGCUCAGUUACAGACAGCGAAACUUGGGGCAGCACGGAAGAACUGAAGAAACCAGAGGAAGACUUUGACAGCAGUGUAGACAGCAGUGGCAAGUGGAAAGGCCUUCCCUCGGGGCUGUCUGAAGAGUCGGAGAAGGGGGGACAGAAAGCAUCUCUCUCUGUUUCACAGACGGGAUCCUGGAGGAGAGGCAUGACUGCACAAGUAGGAACAACUCAGUCCCGGCACAAAGCAGGAACAAGUGCGCUCAAGACCCCGGGAAAAACAGAUGACGCAAAAGCUUCAGAAAAAGUGAAGACCCCCCUAAAAGGAGCCUCCAUCCAGCGCUCUCCAUCGGAUGCAGGAAAAAGCAGCGGCGAUGAAGGAAAAAAACCUCCCUCUGGCAUUGGGAGAUCAACAGCUACGGGAUCCUUUGGAUUCAAGAAGUCUGGGAUGGCAUCUUCUACCAUAAUCACCACAAGUGGAGCGACUAUCACAAGCGGGUCGGCGACUCUAGGAAAAAUGCCAAAAUCUUCAGCCAUGGGCGGGAAGUCCAACGCAGGGCGGAAAACAAGCUUAGACGGUUCUCAGAACCAGGAUGACGGCGUCCUGCACGUGAACUCGAAGACGACUCUGCAGUAUCGAAGUUUGCCUCGCCCAUCGAAAUCCAGUGGCAGCGGGAUCCCCGGCAGGGGCGGCCACCGCUCCAGCACCAGCAGCAUCGACUCCAACGUCAGCAGCAAGUCUGCAGGUGCUGCUGCCACCAAACUGCGAGAGCCAAGCAAGAUCGGUUCCGGGCGGUCCAGCCCCGUCACCAUCAACCAGACAGACAAAGAAAAAGAGAAAGUGGCCGUGUCCGAUUCCGAGAGCGUCUCGCUGUCCAGUUCACCCAAAUCUAGCCCAACUUCUGCGAGCGCCUCUGGCACGCCAGGACUUAGGCAGCCGGGAUCCAAAUACCCAGAUAUCGCCUCACCCACUUUUCGAAGGUUGUUUGGUGCCAAGGCAAGUGGUAAAGCUGCCUCUGCACCCAGUACUGAAGGUGUGAAACCCACAUCGGCAAUGCCCAGCCCUAGUACCACAUUGGCACGGCAAGGCAGCCUGGAAUCGCCAUCCUCGGGCACAGGCAGCAUGGGCAGUGCAGGUGGGCAAAGUGGUAGCAGCAGCCCCCUCUUCAGUAAACCUUCGGACUUAAAUGCAGAUGUUGUAAGCUUAAGUCACUCCUUGGCUUCCAGUCCCGCCUCAGUGCACUCUUUCACAUCAGGUGGUCUUGUGUGGGCUGCAAACCUGAGCAGCUCUUCAGCGGGCAGUAAGGACACACCAAGUUACCAGUCCAUGACUAGCCUUCACACCAGUUCCGAGUCUAUUGACCUUCCUCUUAGCCAUCAUGGCUCUCUCUCUGGACUGACAACAAGCACUCAGGAGGUUCAGAGCCUGCUCAUGAGGACUGGAAGCGUCAGAUCUACUCUUUCGGAAAGCAUGCAGCUUGACAGAAAUACACUACCCAAAAAGGGAUUAAGAUAUACUCCAUCAUCCCGGCAGACGAGUCAGGAGGAAGGCAAGGAAUGGCUGCGCUCCCAUUCAACCGGAGGCCUGCAAGACACUGGCAGUCAGUCCCCGCUUGUUUCUCCUUCAGCUAUGUCUUCGUCUGCAGCUGGAAAAUAUCACUUUUCCAACCUGGUGAGUCCAACCAACCUAUCUCAGUUUAACCUUCCUGGACCCAGCAUGAUGCGUUCAAACAGCAUCCCUGCACAAGACACUUCUUUUGAUCUGUAUGAUGACUCCCAACUGUGUGGCAGUGCUACAUCCUUAGAAGAGAGACCACGAGCGAUUAGUCAUUCAGGUUCAUUCAGGGACAGCAUGGAAGAAGUACAUGGGUCCUCAUUAUCACUUGUCUCCAGCACAUCCUCUCUCUACUCUACGGCAGAAGAAAAGGCACAUUCAGAGCAAAUUCAGAAACUACGGCGAGAGCUGGUUGCAUCACAAGAGAAAGUUGCUACCCUUACCUCUCAACUUUCAGCAAAUGCUCAUCUAGUAGCAGCUUUUGAAAAAAGCUUGGGAAAUAUGACUGGCCGAUUGCAAAGUCUAACAAUGACAGCUGAACAAAAGGAAUCUGAGCUUAUAGAGCUAAGGGAAACCAUUGAAAUGCUGAAAGCCCAGAAUUCUGCUGCACAAGCUGCUAUUCAAGGAGCCUUGAAUGGUCCUGAUCAUACCCACAAAGAUUUACGUAUAAGGAGGCAACAUUCUUCAGAAAGUGUUUCCAGCAUCAAUAGCGCGACAAGCCAUUCAAGCAUUGGGAGUGGUAAUGAUGCUGACUCCAAGAAAAAGAAAAAGAAAAACUGGGUGAACUCUAGAGGAAGUGAGCUAAGAAGCUCUUUCAAACAGGCCUUUGGAAAGAAGAAGUCCACCAAGCCUCCUUCCUCACAUUCGGACAUAGAAGAGCUGACCGACUCCUCUCUUCCUUCAUCACCCAAAUUGCCCCACAGCUCAGGAGAGUGUGGGGCAACGUCAAUGAAACCAUCACAGUCAGCAUCUGCGAUCUGUGAAUGCACAGAAGCAGAAGCUGAAAUUAUUCUUCAGCUAAAGAGCGAGCUGAGGGAGAAAGAGCUAAAAUUAACGGACAUUCGUCUUGAAGCCCUCAGCUCUGCACACCAUCUGGAUCAGAUUCGGGAAGCCAUGAAUCGCAUGCAGAAUGAAAUUGAGAUACUGAAAGCUGAAAAUGAUCGUUUAAAGGCAGAGACUGGAAAUACUGGAAAGCCUGCCCGGCCGUCGUCGGAGUCUUCAAGCAGCACAUCAUCUUCUUCAUCACGGCAGUCACUAGGACUUUCUCUGAACAAUUUAAACAUCACAGAAUCUGUUACAUCAGAUAUUUUGUUGGAUGAUGUCACUGAUGGAGGACUCCACAAAGAAGGUCAUAGUGUGAAAAUUUUAGUCACUAUAAACAAGGGCUAUAGUAGAGCCAAGGAUCAAAAACCACAUGCAUAUCUGAUAGGAUCAAUUGGAGUCAGCGGAAAAACAAAAUGGGAUGUUUUAGAUGGUGUAAUCAGACGUCUCUUUAAGGAAUAUGUUUUGCGAGUGGAUCCGACUACUAGCCUGGGUUUAAGCUCUGACUGCAUUGCUAGCUAUUGUAUAGGGGAUGUAAUUAGAGCCCAUAGCCUAGAAGUGCCUGAACUGCUGCCUUGUGGAUAUCUGGUUGGAGAUAAUAAUGUCAUCACUGUGAAUCUGAAAGGAGUGGAAGAAAACAGUUUGGACAGUUUUGUGUUUGACACAUUAAUUCCUAAGCCAAUUACCCAGAGGUACUUUAAUUUACUGAUGGAGCAUCGCAGAAUUAUUCUGUCGGGACCCAGUGGCACAGGAAAGACCUAUUUAGCUAACAGGCUGGCUGAAUAUAUUAUAACUAAAUCCGGCAGAAAAAAAACUGAGGAUGCAAUUGCAACUUUUAACGUAGAUCACAAGUCAAGCAAG